AACCUUCCUCUGCUAGAGUACUAUACCCUCCCUCCCCUGUAUUUUGCAACACACUACUCAGUACUCAGAACUCAGAACUUGAACUUCUUCUUUGGGAUCAACACCAAUGGCUUGCUUAGAGUUAGAGGUCUGCAAAGAGGUCAGUGGAAAAUUCAAAGAAGAAUCAGAAGAAUUCACUCUUGAUGGGAGUGUUGAUUUGCAUGGCCAUCCUGCAAUCAGAACCAAAUCUGGAAGAUGGGUUGCAGGAAUUAUCGUACUCUUGAACCAAGGUCUGGCAACCCUUGCAUUUUUUGGGAUAGGAGUGAACCUGGUGCUCUUCCUGACAAGGGUGGUGGGACAAAAUAAUGCUGAAGCGGCUAACAAUGUGAGCAAAUGGACUGGAACUGUUUACAUCUUCUCUCUUGUGGGUGCUUUCCUAAGUGAUUCUUAUUGGGGAAGAUAUAAAACUUGUGUUGUCUUUCAGGUCAUCUUUGUAAUAGGUCUAAUGUCCUUGUCCCUGUCAUCAUAUCUCUUCUUGAUUAAACCUAAAGAUUGUGGGAGUGUAUCAAUUCAAUGUGGGAAACAUUCAAGAAUGGAGAUGGGGAUGUUCUACCUCUCAAUCUAUCUUAUUGCCUUGGGAAAUGGAGGUUACCAACCAAAUAUUGCCACAUUUGGAGCUGACCAGUUUGAUGAGGAGCACUCAAAGGAGGGUCGCUCAAAGGUGGCCUUCUUUAGCUACUUCUACCUAGCUUUGAACUUUGGGCAACUCUUCUCAAACACCGUUCUGGUCUAUUUUGAGGAUGAAGGAAUGUGGGCUCUUGGUUUCUGGUUGUCUGCAGGCUUUGCCUUUGCUGCAUUGAUCUUGUUUCUUGUAGGCAUCCCAAGGUAUAGGCACUUCAAGCCCAGUGGCAACCCUCUCUCCAGGUUCUGCCAAGUCCUUGUCGCUGCAUCAAGGAAUUCAAGAGUUCAAAUGUCAUCAAAUGGAGAGGACUUAUAUAACAUGAAUACAAAGGAGUCUUCCACCAAUGUGAACAGAAAGAUUCUUCACACUCACGGGUUCAAGUUCUUGGAUAGGGCAGCGUUUAUAUCUUCAAGGGAUCUAGUGGACCAGAAAGGUGCCCUUCACAACCCCUGGCGUCUCUGUCCUGUAAGUCAAGUUGAAGAAGUGAAGUGCAUACUAAGACUUCUUCCAAUUUGGCUCUGCACCAUAAUAUACUCGGUGGUUUUUACACAAAUGGCUUCUCUUUUUGUGGAGCAAGGUGCAGCCAUGAAAACCACAGUAUCCCAUUUCAAAAUACCACCAGCUAGCAUGUCUAGCUUUGAUAUCCUUAGUGUAGCCGUCUUCAUUUUCUUUUAUCGUCGAGUUCUUGAUCCAUUUGUGGGAAAACUCAAAAAGUCAGAUUCUAAGGGACUUACUGAGCUUCAGAGAAUGGGAGUUGGACUUGUCAUAGCCAUACUGGCAAUGGUUUCAGCCGGAAUAGUUGAAUGCUAUAGGCUUAAAUAUGCAAAACAUGGAUGCACCCACUGCAAUGACACAAGCACUUUAAGCAUCUUCUGGCAAAUCCCUCAGUACGCAUUUAUAGGAGCUUCUGAGGUGUUUAUGUACGUUGGCCAGUUAGAGUUUUUCAACGCUCAGACACCAGAUGGCUUAAAGAGCUUUGGAAGUGCACUUUGUAUGACAUCCAUUUCCCUUGGGAACUACGUGAGUAGCUUACUUGUUAGUAUGGUUAUGAAGAUCUCCACCGAGGAUCACAUGCAAGGGUGGAUCCCUGGAAACCUAAACAAAGGUCACCUAGAUAGGUUUUACUUCCUCUUAGCUGCCUUGACAUCGAUAGACUUGAUCGCCUAUAUUGCAUGUGCAAAGUGGUACAAGCGUAUACAGAUGGAAGGGAAACGUGAAGAGUAUGAUGAGCCAGAUAGCUUCAAAGUGUAAUAUACAAAGAAUAUCUUUCAAAUGCAAUGGUAACAGCAUAUAUAUAUAUAUAUUAAUAAGAGAAAGGAUGGAGCUUUGGUUAUAGUUGCUAUUGGAAGAAAUCUUUUGCUGGUUUGCAGGAAGAGAAGCCCUUCUUACACGAGUCUCUGACUCUGUUACAACUGGACUCACUGAUUUAUGACACCUCCGGUUUUUCAGUUUAUGUUCUUAAAGCCCAUUUGUAUAAAACUAAACUUAUAUGAGACAAUGACUGUUUUAGGGUCCCUAGAUGUCUCCAUUCUUUCUCAUUUGUAAGUUCCAUUGCUAAAUAUCAAGUUAAAUAUG